GCUAUGAGGACCUCCAAAGUCCAUUCUUGACGACAUUCUAGGCUCUAGGAGUCGUCAGUCUUCAUCUCGUUGAGUAAUGAAGAUCCAGGGAGUCAGUUGUACAUUCCAGCCACAGAAGCCAUGAGAGGAGGUGAUAAAAAGCCUCCAUCAUGCUCCUGGGGAUAUGUUUCGAAAAUCCAAUCGACAAUACAGUGUUCUUCUCCAGCAGUCCUUCUUUUAAUCUUUACUAACCCCCCUCCCCCUUCUUCAAAAGACAGCCCGGCAUUGGUUGUCAAGUCGCUCCUUUUUGCUUCACAUUGAUUUACACGCGCAAAUUCGGUAAUCGUAACGCUAAUAUCCAGUAAUACAUAUAUCCUAGGACAACCAAGCAAGAUGAAGCACUUCGUCGCCGGCGUCCCGCUGGCCCUGUUGGUGGCAGCCGUCAGUGCCCAGACCCAGGUCAUUGGUGGUCCGUCGGGCUUCGAUGGCGGCAACAGCGUCGAUGUGCCCAUCGAGGCCUCCUUCACUUCGGACUACACGGAGGUGAACAAGGAUGUUCAUGUCGAGGCUCCCUGGCGUCCUCACGGGCCCAAGGCCCGUCGUGGUGAUAUGCCCGACGCUGACGGCCAUGUCACCCUGAUCGGAGCACCCUCGGGUGUCGACGAAGGGAACUCCUUCGUCAUGCCCAUCACUGUCGACUACACCUCCACGGUUACAGAGGAGGAAAUUGAGGAAUUUGUGAACCCCGGUGGCGAGCCUCACCCUGGUCCAGAGCGUCGAUGGGAGGGACCGUCGAGCGUCAUCGGAGGCCCUGCUGGUUUUGACGGCGGUAACUCCGUGUCCGAGCCGGUCAAGAACGACUUCGUUUCCGAGAUUGUCGACAAGACCAAGAACGUCGGUGUUGGCAGCCCCGAGCAUAGGCGGCCGGGCCCCCAUGGCCGCAUCGGCCCCGAGGGCGGAGCUCUUGGUCCCCGUGGUAUCGACAAGGGUGCUGAGCACAAGAACGCAGACUGGGAUCGUCCUGCCACAGUGAUUGGCGGUCCCUCCGGUGUCGAUGGUGGGAACUCUGUCGAUGUCCCCAUUACCGACAGCUACACGUCCAAUGUCGUUGACGUGGAGAAGAAUUACCACAUCCACAUCCCCCCGCACCCUUAUGGUGGUCCCCAGGAACUCGAGCCCAGAGCGUACGCGCCGCACUCUCCCCCCACCACUGUCAUGGCUGGCCCUUCCGGUGAUGACGAGGGGAACUCGGUUUCCGCUCCUCUGGACAAUGAGUACACCAGCAACGUCUAUGAGGAAACACCCUCCCAAGACUGAGGAAAUGCCCCAGCCUGCUCCUCAGCCCGCGCCUCAGCCUGCUCCCCACCCGCGCCUCAGCCUGCUCCCCAACCGGCCCCUCAGCCAGCUCCCAAGCCCGAGGAACCUAAGGCUGAGCCCCAGCCCGCUCCCAAGCCUGCUCAAUGGGCUCAGCCUGCUCCUCAGCCCGCGCCUCAGCCUGCUCCCCAACCGGCCCCUCAGCCAGCUCCCAAGCCCGAGGAACC